UUGUGAGAGCCAUAAACAAAGGAGAAGCCUGCAGAAUCUGUUACAGGUCCCCAGUGGCAGACCAUCUUCGUUGGGUGCUUCAGAUCAAGAUGAGCAUGUCUUGUAUCUGCAAUACCGCCCCUCACAAUGGCCGAUUCCAAGGAUGAUCUGACUGACAAGGCACACUUUGAUCCUAAUUGGAUUGCCUGGAAUGGAGGUUAUCUACACUCCAACAAUGUGCUGUUUUAUUUUGCGACAUCGCCCUUCUUUGAUCAAGUCUCGGGCAAUCAAUCUCUAUUCACUCAAUGGGCCGGCACUCCCAAUCAAAAUGACAUUCUCGGGACAAGGGCCAAAUUUGAAGCAAACCUGCGACAUCAGCGUGGCAUCCAAUAUGUUGUUGAGCAUGAUCCUCUCGAAGAGAAUGUGAUGCAAGAUGGCCCUAAUGGUCCUGAGAAGUCCAAUGUAUGGGUAAUUCGGAAGCAGAAUCGAGAAAACGAGGAAGACAGCAGUGUCACGACCCUGGGAUAUUACUACAUCGUCAAUGAUGUGAUCUACCAAGCCCCUCCUGUGGCCAGUAUUUUCAAUCACCGAAUGUUGAACACGAUUUCUGCGCUGGAAAAGGUGUUGUCUGCACCGGCUUCCAUGUCCUACUUUGACGUCUCUCAUGGGCACACCUAUCAUAAACCUGUUCACAAAUUCACAAGCCAUUCCCUGAACGGAGCCUCUCAACAAAGUAAGGAAACCACGCCACUACCCGGAAACCAGGCAUCUACUGGAGGAAAGCCUGCUUCUAAUGGAAUACGGCCUCAUGGAGAGAACGAGAGCGACGGUCGGACGUUAUGGGAUGCGUUGCGUAUGACUCUUCAACACGGCAAAGAGUAUACGGACGACGUCUCUCUGGUUGGCGAGCCGGGAAACUUCAGGUUCUCGAGACAUAGAGAAGCGGCAGCUAGUCAGUCAAAAAGCCAGCCUCAAGGCCCUUCUACAGGAACGCCCAUUCAAUCUCGAGCGGCAUCGGUGCUACCUGGAGCAAAGAGUCCGGGUACAGGACUAGUCAAGGGGUCAAAGCCGGGAGAAAAGGCGACUUCUAUGCCUGAUGGUCCGGCAAAGAUCAAGAGGCGCAAAAGUAAAGCUGGUGAGCCAAGUCCGUAGGAUGGACUCCGUAGCUUGGUUGGAACACAGCAUGGUGGAGCCAAAGGUCGGCAUCCGCUGUAUGGGAAUGAAUAUCUAAGCUCUAGUUCACGAAAGCGACGAGAACCUAGAUAACUACUCUCAAUUAUGGCAUAGAUCCAUGGUAGAUUGAAAACUGAAUGAGAG